AGGUGUUCUUGCCGAUGAGACGAGAACCGCCUUGAUAGCCACAGGAUGUAUAGCCGGGGGUCUCUUGCUGAUAGCCGUCAUCAUAGCCAUUGUCGUCUUCACCCUCAGGUAAGGUCGUGAGAUUUUAAGAAUACCUUAGGUGUCGAUCUUCAGAACAUUGGAAAUGGAACCUUUCAGAAAACUGGAAAUGAAACCUUUCAGAAAAUUGGAAAUGAAACCGUUCAGAACAUUGGAAAUUAAACCUUUCAGAACAUAGGAAAUGAAAUCCUUCUGAAACAUGGUAAAUGAUACCUUUCAGGACCUGGUAAAAAUUCCCUUUCAGAACAUGGGAAACAGCGUCUUGCUUGAUCUGAAACUUUGCCCCUCUCCGAAACUAUGAAAUAGUGUCAUAUAAACCGGGAUUAUUGCCCCUUUCAGAAACAAUGAAAUAGUGACAUACAGAACCGGGAACAUAGCCCCCAUUCAGAAACAAUGAAAUAGUGCCCCAUAGAACCGGGAACAUUGCCCCAUUCAGAACCUGGAAAAAUUGUCCCUUACAAAACAUGGGACUUUUCCUCGUUAAUACCCAACCCUUAUGUUAACCAUCGAAAAAUGAGUAAUUUGCGUAAAUAGUACAAUAACAACAUAUAUAUUUAAACCUAUUUAGAUAUAGAUUCUAUGUUUAAAAAAAAAGAUAUUUAUUGUUAUUAUAAAAAUGUGUUUGUUAAUAUUAUAAAAGUGUAUUUGUAAAAUAUUAUAAAUAUGUAUUGUUAAAACUAUAUCAAAGUGUAGAUCUCCAAGCUUUUCUGCUAAUCUCUUUAAACCAUCAAUUCGAAAUGUUAAAAUAAUAAUAAUAAUAAUAAUAAUUAUUUAAGAAAUAGUUUUUAAAAUAACCCAAAAGUUUCAAGUAUCUUGUUUCCCAAAAAUGUAACAUCAACUUUAACGCACCCUGUCUCAUCUUAGCACAGUGGUUCUCAACCUCUCUAAUGCCGCAACCCUUUAACACAGUGCCUCAUGUUGUGGCCACCCUUAACCACACAUUUUUUAUCGUUGCUGCUUCAUAACUGUUGGGUAUACGUUUUUUACCCAUGGUCUUAGGCGACCCCUCUUAAAGGGUCAUUCGAUCCCAAAGGGGUCUCGACCCACAGGUUGAGAACCGCUGUCUUAGCAGGUAAAUUAAAGAGGAAAAAAGACAAGCAUCCACCUACAUUUAACUGACAUCAGCACACCAUUGAAGUCCUCAUUCGCCAUUGUAGAUUCGAACUCUCCAUCGGGUGCUUUGGGUUACUCCCUGACUUAAUUUUCGGAAUUACAAGAAGACAAAGAGGAGGCGAUAUCAUUUUUAUUCCGAUGAAAAUCUUUCAGGUCACAUGACUGUCAUAUAUUGCCAAUAAAAAAAAAAAUUACCUACAUAUUUACCUUUAACAGGCACAUACGGAACAGCGAGAAGAAGCCCCUGUCGUCCAUGAAUGGCGAGGUGUUGCCGCAGGGAGUCUACCGGGGACCCGAGCCCUACACCACGACCCUCCCUAGACAGCACGCCAACGGGGGGCCCAAGACCAAGUCCUACACGCACCACGCGGCGUCCCCGCGCUCGAGGCAGCCGCUCACGUUCUACACGAUACGCGCCGAGCCGAGGGCGGGCGUGGAUCCACCGGGGCUCAUCCCCAUGGGCCCCACCCAGUCUUACAGAGGACCGCCGCCCGUGGGGAGGCCCGUGAUAUUUUUAGACUGGAACGGCGCACCUAAAGGUAAUAUAAUCGGUGUGCAGUAUUUGAAACAAUGCAAACAAAUGAAAGCAGUGUUCACCAAGCUAAUGCAUUACACAUUCAAAAGAGGUUUUUUUUUGGUUUUUUUUUGGUGGUAGGAAUCGAUAGUAAGGUGAAGGUGGGUCGGAUCCGCAGGUGGAUGAAAGUUUGAGUGGGUGGGAGGUAUGUUGCGAGAGAUGUGAGCUGGCAGGAUGGGUGACAAGAUGGGCGUGUAGAGCAGAUACGUCUUCACGGACUGUCCAGCCGGACUGAUCUAGAUAUAUGGGUACAGAUGAAAUGAGCUUAAUUUGUCCAUGUGUAUGGGUGAGUCCAGACAUGAGAAGACAGAAACAAACAUGAGAUUGACCACAAACGAAAAAAAACAACAACAUGAGAUGGACAGAAACAAACAUGAAAUUGACAUAAACAAAUAUGAGACGGACAGAAACAAACAUGAAAUUUAUAUAAACAAACAUGAGAUUGACAUAUACAAACAUAAGAUGGACAGAAACAAACAUAAGAUUGACAUAAACAAACAUGAGAUAGACUGAAACAAAGAACUUUACAGAACUAUGCCAAUGUACUACAUUUUAGGACCCCAAGGAGAAUUUAUGUACCCUAAUGGAGGAACAAUGCUUUACUACGGUUUGUGA